UCACAUAUGAUUAGUUCCCCGAUGUAGGGACAGUGCAGCGCUGGGCUGAUAAUUCAUUCAUUCCCGAGGGGGAGGGGCCAAACCGGUAUUGCGUUAUGGGUUAAAAUUCAUAUUGUGCAGCACAAAAAUUUUGGUAUUCGGUAUGAACCGGUAUACCGCCCAGCCCUACGCUCUAUGUGCCGUUACCAGCAGAUAGCAUAGACAAUAAUCAAACUCCGCUUCAAUGGUUAUUCUACGAGCAGAUUUAUUACAAUCAAUGCAGACAACACGUUUUGAGAUAUAACCACAACCUGAUGAAGAGAGAGACUUUAAAAAGGAAUCAUGUUGACUAAUGAAGACUACAGUUCACUUAUUCAAGGCAUCUCUGAUCUGAAUUUCUCUGUGGGCAGUGUCCCUUCUAAGCUUCUUGUUACCGGUGACACAGCAUUCCCAGUAUUGGUGACUCCAACAAAUCAGGUUCUUAUUGCCGCAUCCAAGUAUGGCAAGGGCCGCAUAGUUGUCUUGAGUCAUGAAUCAUACCUGAAUGAGCCUCAGUUUACAGAUUUUCUGCGAAAUGCGAUAUCCUGGUUAAAACCAUCCCCAGAAGCAGUGGUGGGAGUUGUAGAAAGCCUAGAUCCUCUGGCAAACACUCUGUCUACACUUGGAUUUAAGACUAAUUUGAUCUCUGGCUUUAAGAAAGAUUUUGGAGUGCUCUGUAUGACUGGAUAUGAUGACAGUCAGGUAUCGGAAAUUACUUCAUUUUUAAGAGAAGGUGGCGGUCUACUUAUUGGAGCUCAAGCCUGGCAUUGGUCUGAAUGUUACCCAGAAUCAAAUGUUUACUAUGAGUUUCCUGGAAACAAAAUAACAUCUGUAGCUGGUGUCUAUUUCACAAAUCAAAAAGGAGACAAUGGGAGUUUCAGUGUGAAGGAGAAACUACCACCAUUUCCAUUUUUUGAUGAUGUGGACUUCUCAGCGGACCUAAAAAUGCUCUUAAAGGAGGUUUCCACCCUGGAUGUCAGUGGAACAGAAAUUGCUUCUGAACUUCUUUUACAUGGUCCUCUGACAUUUCCAAUAGGCAUAACUAACAACUUCCAGUGUUUUUUUGCUGCUGCUUACUACGGUAGAGGACGCAUUGUGGUUGGGACACAUGAAGCCUACCUUUACAGAAAAGAGCUGAAGCCUUUUAUCCUUAAUGCCGUUUCAUGGCUGGAUGCCGGAAGAAAUGGGCGGAUAGGUGUUAAAAAAGAUCUUCAAAUCAUGACUAAAGUGCUGCAGAACUCUUGUGCAAUAUCCAAUGUGAGUUCUGAGGUCAGUGUGUAUUGUUGCAGAUCCUCCAAUGAUGCUGAAGUAGAGACAAUUCAGCAGUUUGUGGCAGAGGGUGGAGGCCUUCUCAUUGCUGGGCAUGCCUGGUACUGGUCCUAUUCUAAUCCAAAUGUGCUUUCUCAAUAUCCAGGAAACAAGAUCCUCAAUAAAUUUGGGAUAAGUAUUCUGAGUGACACUAUUAAAAAGGGCAACUAUAACGUUCCUAAAGAGUCUCUUACUAACACAUAUCAUUUUCUCAGAGCAGUCUGUCAGUUUCUGAGUGACAUGAAAAACAAUAAGGAGGUCGGACCACUUCUAAGCUCUUGGUUGUCAAAGCUUAAAAAGGAUGCUUUAAGCUGUUUAAGGUUGCCAGCCAGCCCUCUUAUUGCGUCCCUAUGGCAUCUGCUAAAUGAAUUUAAUUUACCUAAAGUCAGUAAACAAAAUCCAGUGAGCAGCAAUUCUAAAGAAGCUUUUAUAUUGUGUGUGGCUCAAGAAAUCCACUGCUUGUAUGAAUCAGAUGAAAACAACAAUGGAACACUUGAUGUGCAAGAGAAUCCCCCAGCAGUGAUACAGAUUGAUGCCACAAACCCUGGUGGUAAAGCAUGGAGAAGUACAGGAUUUUACUUGCCUCCCAACAGAAAAGCAACACUUGUAUUUCCAAUCACAGCUGUUGGGAAAGGUCUCCAGGUGCAGGUUGGCUGCCAGUCAGAUGACCUGAGUUCACAUAAACAGUUCUGUCGCCCCCCAGUGGUUUUACAUAGAAAGAAAGUUGAUAAUGAGAAGGUUGUGAUAUCCUGUGUCUGGGGAGGACUUCUCUAUGUUAUUGUCAAUGAGAAAAGUCAACUGGGAAUUAUUCCAGUUACAGUUUAUGGAGCGGAACCAGCUCCAACAUUUAUAAAAGGACAGACUAGCCUUUCCUCGUGGAAGGAUGAAAAGCGCUCCUUACCAGCUCCUUGGGCUGAGCUUAUUACAGAGAACAUUAUCCUUACUAUCCCUUCUGAUUCAAUACGCUCACUAGAGGAUCCAGAAGAGGUGUUGUCUUUAUGGGAUGAGAUCAUGUCGGCAGUAGCAGAUCUUGCAUCUAUCUCAAGAAAACUGCCUCGUCCAGAAAGAAUUGUGGCUGAUGUCCAGAUUUCUGUAGGUUUUAUGCAUUCUGGAUACCCAAUAAUGUGUCUUUCAGAAUCAGCACCUUCCGCAGUAACUGCUGAACUAAUGAGGAAAAGUAUGUGGGGGUAUAUACACGAACUUGGCCACAACCAGCAGAGAGGAGCUUGGGAAUUCCCUCCUCACACCACAGAAGCCACCUGUAACCUGUGGUCAGUAUAUGUGCAUGAAACAGUGCUAGGAAUCCCAAGGGAUAAAGCUCAUCGAGAUCUCUUGCCAGGAAAAAGAGAAAAUAGAAUCCAGCAGUAUGUUGGGAAGGGAGCCAAGCUUGCUGAGUGGACCGUGUGGACAGCACUUGAGACUUACCUUCAGCUACAAGAGGGCUUUGGUUGGGAUCCAUUCAAGCAAGUUUUCUUAGAUUAUCAGACCAUGUCCAAGGUCAGUAAUGACAAGACUGUUAAGAUGAACCUGUGGGCAGAAAAAUUCUCUCAAGCAGUCAACAAAAACCUGGUUCCAUUCUUCAAGGCCUGGGGAUGGCCUAUUAAUGAUGCCACCAGCCAAAAACUUUCUACACUGAGUGAAUGGGAAGAGGAUCCAAUGAAGAAAUAUGUUACAAAAGUUUAAUAAGACAAAUAUAUAGAAACAACACUUUUAUGAUAAUAUGCUGAAGAUAAAUUAUAUGGUAAUAAAUGUUAGAGAUAAAAUAAAAAUCAUAUAAUACUAGAAGCCUUCUAGAUUAUGAUCUGAAUUUAGAAAAUUGAUGAUACUGUUUGAAUAAUCAACACUAUUCUUAUGUAUGCACGCUCGGGCUAGCCAGGAAUAUAUGAAAGGGGUACUUAUUUUGCUAAACAUCUUAUCCCUUAUCCAAACGAUAGGGGAUAAGAUUUAUGAUUGUGGGGGGUCUGGCCACUGGGACCCCCACGAUCUCUGUGCAGACACCUGGCAUUCUGAAUAUUAUGUUCAGAACGGUGGGUUCGGGAGGUCGUGACAUCAAGCCACGCCCCUCCCUUCAUGUCUAUGGGAAAGGGCGUGUCAGCUGCCACGCCCCCUCCUGUAAACAUGAAUUGAAGGGGCGUUGUGCUACAUCACGAACACGGAAGCUCCAAGCUUCCGUGUUCUGAACACCAUGGCGCCGGCCUUGAGAUCAUGGGGGAGGGUUCCCAGCGGCCGGACCCCCCGCGAUCAGACAUCUUAUCCCCUAUACUUUGGAUAGGGUAUAAGAUGUCUUGGGGCGGAGUACCCCUUUAAUUAGUCUCUAUUUGGUUAAAAUAGGGGCGUGGUGUGAAGUAACAGGGGGGACUGGUGUGAUAUAACAAGUGAGCAUGGUGUGACAUCAGAAUGUCCAGUGUCUGCACGGAGAUCACGGGGGGUCCCAGCCGCCAAACCCCCACGAUCAGGCAUCUUUUCCCCUAUUCUUUGGAUAGGGGAUAAGAAGUUUAGCAACGGAUUACCCAUUUAAGUCAGAUAUUUACUGCAAUAACAAUUUUUCGUUUACCUACAAUACUUAUCUCUGACUCACAAUUCAAUUAAAUCUAUUUAAAUGUACUUUAUGGGUCACCAAAGAAAAAAGCAAAUGCAACAUCUGUAAAUCUUGGAAACAGGAUAGACUCUUUAGUAAACUCUUUUUUGGGUAUCUUUAAAAGAAAAAAAAGAUUGUUCAUAGAGAACAACCCUUGUCUGUAUCUAGUCAUCUGAGUGAAUGGACCCGCAAAUAGGACACCCCUUUAUUUGUCAGAGGAGAGAUAGGUGUAAACAGAUGGGUGCUCUAAAGAAUUUCGUUGCUUUGUUCUUUGCCAUACUAGGGUACUGAGGGAAAAAAUUAAAUGGAUCCAGUUGUUUUUGAGAGUUAUUCUUUUAGACAAUAAAAUGCCUUGCACAGUUGAUUAUAUGUUGAUUAUAUGUUUUUAGGUUUCAUUUUAUCAAUGUUGACAUGUAAAUUGUAAGGAGACUUCCUCAAUGAAAGACAGCCAGAAAUCAGCCAUAAAAGUUCCAAGCAAUGAGCAGUGAGCCAGGUUUUCUGUUUGUGAAUUAUUUUUGUCUUAUUUCUCUCAAAAAUGUCUUUAAAUUUGUACUUUCUACUUCUAAAUAAACUUUCAAUAGCUUUC